GGGUGGGCGGGGGAGGGAGGGAGGAAAGAGGAAAAGGAGGAAGCAAGAUGGCGGAGGCUUCCCCGCAGCCGGGACGGUAUUUUUGCCACUGCUGCUCGGCCGAGAUCGCGCCGCGCUUACCGGAUUACAUUUGCCCAAGGUGUGAAUCUGGGUUUAUUGAAGAACUGCCUGAAGAACCAAGAAAUGUUGAAAAUGGGUCCAGCUCCUCAGCCUCAACCAGUGACCAGACCAGACAUCCGUUUGAGAAUGUGGAUCAGCCCCUCUUCACCCUCCCGCAGGGCUAUGGCCAGUUUGCCUUUGGGAUAAUCGACGACAGUUUUGAGUUCCCAGCCUUUGGGUCCAACACACAAACAGAAGAUAACCGCGAUGCUGAGAACAGGCGGGAAAGGGAACAUCAGUCUCGGCACCGAUAUGGAGCCAGGCAACCUCGGGCUCGUUUCACCGCACGACGGGCGGCUGGCAGACAUGAGGGAGUCCCCACAUUAGAAGGAAUUAUCCAGCAGCUGGUCAAUGGAAUUAUAGCACCAACCACGAUACCAAACCUUGGAGUAGGACCUUGGGGAGUCUUGCAUUCAAAUCCCAUGGACUACGCUUGGGGCGCCAACGGCUUGGAUGCCAUUAUUACUCAGCUCCUGAAUCAGUUUGAAAACACCGGCCCGCCUCCUGCAGACAAGGAGAAGAUUCAGGCCCUUCCAACCAUUCAUAUAACAGAGGAACAUGUCGUUUCGGGACUGGAAUGUCCCGUCUGUAAGGAAGAUUAUGAAGUUGGCGAGAGCGUGCGACAAUUACCCUGCAAUCACCUCUUCCAUGAUGGCUGCAUAGUCCCGUGGCUGGAACAGCAUGACACCUGCCCAGUGUGUCGGAAAAGUUUAAGCGGGCAGAACACAGCCACAAAUCCACCUGGACUCUCCGCAAUGAAUUUUGCUUCCUCCUCGUCAUCUUCCUCCUCCUCUUCUUCCUCCAGUUCACCAAGUAACGAAAACUCCGCAAACAACUCAUGAAUCUUUAAAAAAACAAGCAAAAAAAAAAAAUGUCGCCACUCUCAUGCUCUUUUUCUAAUGUCAUAGCCCUUCCAUGCUUCUCCCCACCACCACCACCAGGGGGAAAUCUGUGGGGUGGGGAAACGUCCAGUACAGAGCCGUGGGGAGGGCUGGGAAUGGGAAUCUCCACACACUUCCCCUCAACCAUCAUAACUUCAAGACCCUCUUGACUUCCUGCUCUCUUCCCUCCUGCCCCCCCCAACCUCCCACGUCCCGCCCCAAUGUUUGGUGUUCAAUCUUGCAUUCUCUCAAGGGACAAUGCGGGGCGGGGUGGGGGAAGAACCUCCUCUCUCAACUCUGCUGCUGUGCGGACUCUUAAAACCGGCCCAGCCGCGCCGUGUGACGAGUGGCAGGGAGUCGGAACGCGAACAAGCACUGGAUUUUAAGGGAGAUCGGAGUUCCAAAGGGGGCGUUCUAAAAUGGAUUGUCUAUCCCUUUCUCUCUAUUAUUAUUUUUUUUUUAAAUAUAAUUUUGACGAUGUUUUUUUUUUUUCGUUUUUGUUUUUUGCCCCACUGCCCCGUCCUGCCAUCAGCUCUCUUUUAAGAACUGAUGAUACCGACCUUCGAAAGUAGAAAUGUAAUAGAGAUCCUUCUUUCCUUCCCCUCUUUUUCCCUCUGUGGAUUUUCUGCUGCUGGAGGAGCUGGUGAGGCUCUUUCCUUUAGGCACCAGCAACGAAGGGGGAGCGGGGAGGAAGAAGAGGAAGAGCGGGAAGCGAAUUUAACAAUCAGAGCUACUUCCCGACUCUGCACAGUUCCUCCCUCCUUCCCUCGCCCCCCGCCCACCCUCCCCUGUUACUAACACCGCCCUUUUUGACAAGUCGAUACCGAGAAAGGGGUUUUUAUAAUUUUAAAUUAUUACUGCUGUUAAAUAAAUGGACAUUUCAGCUCUA